AUGUUAAUAGCUGAUUUACCGCAAGAGAAUGAACUCAACGAUGUUAAGAAACAAGGCGCCCUAUAUGGAUGUCGAAACUGCCUUGUUCCAAAGGAUCAGUUGACCAAUGCCACCUUUAAUAGAAUACAUGGUGCACGAAUUAAAGAGUUUACAAAACGUUAUGGCCUCCGAUCGAAACCAGGCAUUUUAUCAACUUUAUCUCAAAACCAUCAUUUACAAACUCCUCAUGAUGCUUACUAUGCAGUUGCUAGAAAGAUUCAAAGAUUGUUAGAACAUACUUUUAACUUGUUAAAUGAAAAUGGAAAAAAUCAAUUUUUAAAAUAUUGGAAACAUUUUGAAAAGCCUUCAAAUUGGCAUCGUUUGCCUAAUCCUAUAACUCAUCUUAAAAACAGACACAUUACACUUUAUGUGACCGCUUGUCAUCUACUGAUCGAAGACGAUCUACCAAGCAAGUUAUUAAUGAUAUCAUCGCGUGUUGAAUUUAAUAAAAGUAAUGUUGGAAAUGGCUUAAGGUGUAUUCUUACAGAUCAACGUCUUCAACCUCUUCUCACAGGAUGUUAUAUAACUGAAGACUUAUAUCCUGAAAACAUUUUUGAAGAAG